AUGACGCAGAUGCACAAGGCCGCGGCCAUCCGCCGCAACUUCUUGCGCUACUUCCAGCAGCAUGAGCAUGCGCUCGUGCCAAGCAGCUCGCUCGUGCCCACCGCCGAUCCGUCGCUGCUCUUUACGAACGCCGGCAUGGUCCAAUUCAAGCAGGUCUUUCUCGGCAACGAGACGCGGCCGUAUGCGCGCGCAACGUCGGCGCAGCGCUGCGUGCGCGCGGGCGGCAAGCACAACGACCUCGACCAGGUCGGGCUCACGGCGCGCCACCACACGUGUUUCGAGAUGCUCGGCAACUUUUCCUUUGGCGACUACUUCAAGGAAGAAGCCAUCUUCCACGCGUGGCAGUUCCUCACAAAGGAGCUCUCGCUGCCAACCGAGAAGCUCCACGUGACGGUCCUCGACUCGGACGACGAAGCCGCGCAAUGGUGGCGCCAAAUCGCGCAGCUGCCCGACGCCAAAAUCCACCGGCUCGGUGCUGAAGACAACUUUUGGGCCAUGGGCGAAACCGGGCCGUGCGGGCCGUGCACCGAGAUCUUUUACGAUCAAGGCGACGCGUUCACGUCGGCCGACGAUCGGUACCUGGAGCUCUGGAACCUUGUCUUCAUGCAGCACGACCGGGCGGCAGAUGGGACGCUCUCAGCGCUGCCCCGGCCGUGCGUCGACACCGGCAUGGGGCUCGAGCGCAUGGCGUCCGUCAUGCAAGGCGUCAUCUCCAACUACCACACCGACCUCUUCACGCCGCUGCUCUACACGAUCGCGUCGUCGCUCGACGCGCAGCUCGGGGUCACGCGGUGCACGGUGCGCAUCGUCGCCGACCACCUCCGUACCACGUACGCACUGCUGGCCGACGGCGUCUUUCCCUCGAACGUCGGGCGCGGCUACGUCCUCCGGCGCAUCCUUCGGCGUGCGAUCCGCGUCGCCGGGGCGUCCGAGCCGUUCCUCUCGACAAUCCAACUGCCUAGCCUCUUGGAGAUGGACGUGGCGUCCCGGCUGCAGCUCACGGGCAUCGUCCGCAACGAGGAGAAAGCCUUCUUCGCCAUGCAAGCCACGGGCAUCCGCGCGAUCGAGAAGCUCUUGUUUGCGACAAAAGCCAAGCACAUCUCAGGCCCCGAGGCGUACAAGCUCUACGAUACCUUUGGCCUCACGAUCGACAUGACCGAGUCGAUUGCAGUCUCGCUGGACGCGACCGUCGACGUCGACGGCUUCCACACGGCUAUGGCGAAUGCGCAGGCGACUGCGGCCGACGGACCGCUGAGUGCGUCCGCGCCGCUGCUCGGCGUGACGCCGCGUGCAUCGACGGCGACGACCGAGUUUGUCGGGUACGAUCAGCUCCGCGUGCCGCGGUCCAAGGUCGUGCAGUUUGAACGGUCGACUGCUUCCAACGGUCUUCUGCUCCAGUUGUCGCCGUCGCCGUUUUACGCCGAGGGCGGUGGCCAAGUCGGCGACGUUGGUUUCGUUGGACUGGAUCACUUUGGCGAAGACAUUGAGCUGCCCGUGACGGGCACGACCAAGGUCGGCGAACACGGCAGCGUGAUCCACGUGGCUAUUCCCGAGCACUUGGACGUCGAGAUCGUUGAACUGCUUUUGAAAAAGUCUCCGGCGGUCCACGCGGUUGUCGACGCCCGGCACCGCCAGCGCACGGCCGUGCACCACUCGGCCACCCAUGUGCUGCAAGCAGGCCUUCGUCACGUGCUCGGCCCGCACGUUGCGCAAGCCGGGUCGUACGUUGGUAGCGACCGCCUUCGGUUUGAUUUUGCGCAUUUCGGCGGCAUGACAAACGACCAACUCAAGGCCGUCGAAGCCUAUGUCAAUGACGUGGCGCUCUCGGACGCGAGCAUUCGCACCGAAGAGAUGGACAAGGAUGCGGCGCAGGCGACCGGCGCGAUCUGUGCGUUUGGAGAAAAAUACGGCGACCGCGUCCGCGUUGUUCGCAUCGGCGACAUCUCGAGCGAGUUUUGUGGGGGGACCCACGCCGCGUCGGCCACGUCGCUCUACCCGUUUGUCGUGCUCAGCGAAGCCUCGGUGGCUGCCGGCACCCGCCGCAUCGAGGCGGUGGCCGGUAUUGAAGGCGUCAAGCGACUCCAAGAAAAGGAAGCUCUGCUCGAGCAGCUGGCAAUGCAGAUGAGCACAACGCCGGCGAUGGCAUCGCAAAAGCUCACGCGCAUGGACACGCAGCUCAAGGCGCUCGAGAGCUUCUCCAAGAGCGUGACGGACCACGUCGUGUCGGCUUCGAUCGCGCCGAUCACAACUGGCACCUACGACGCGACGCCAUUCGCGCUCCACCGCCUCGACCUUGUCUGCAAGGACGCUUCGAACAGCGCGCUCCGCACCAUGUACAUGCAGGCGUUGCGUCGCCGCGCCGAGUUCGUGGCCAAGGCCGACCCGACUUCAGCGCACAUCGUCCUCAUGGGCGACAGCAUCAUUUGCAUGGGCAACCGCCACGUGCAUGCGGGCGAGAUGCUCAAGAAGAUCGUUCACGGUCUCGGCUCGGGCGGCGGUAAUGCAGCGUGCGGCCAAGGCAAGCUGCUCCCGACCACGGACGUGGAUGCUGUCAUCCGCGCAGUCGGUGGCACGACGCGGUAGAGACUCAAGCGAGUGUUAUUGCAUAGUCGUACGUUUCAAGAUACGCCGUGCAUCGGUAUGCUUCGGAAUCGAC